UAUUUACCACUUUUUGAUGCAAUAGUUGUUGUUUUGUGUCAAUCGUUGUCUUCAAUACAGUAUUGUUUGGAUCCAUAAGUGAUGGACAAUAAGCCGACCGAACCGUACGAAGACAUCACUCUUAACAACGACUCUCAGGAUGUGAUCGACGAAAACGAUUGCCAAACACCUGAUGAAGAAGAAGAGGAGACACCAGAAGACGUGGAAGAAGUUGAGGACGAGUUGCAGCGGAUUAGCCAACAAUUAAGCAAAGAUUACUUUAAUUACUUCCAGUUUGACAUCAGUCCAGAGAAGAAGGAAACCGAAGACGCGGUCGAAGACCUGUUGACACAUUUGGAAGAGUUUUGCGGUUUAAUUGAAAUGAUUAGAAAUGAUAGCAAUAUAUGUGUGGAAGAAGUGACCAAAAAGAUGACAAACGAGUGUCAGUCGAUGGAACACAUCUACGGACAGAUCGACAGAUUGGAUCAAUUCGUCAAAGUUGUCGCAAACACUGUCCAAGAGAUGGACAACGAGUUGACAAAAGCGGAACAACUGUUCGCCGACGACAACAAUAACAAAGUGAAGAAGUUUUUCACUUCAUUUCUGACCAAUAAUUCAAAACAAAAUCAUUUAAAUAACAAACGAUUGAAUGUUAAGUACGAACCCAAAGACAUCUUCAAAACCAGUGAUUAUAUAACG